AUGAGCAGUCAGGCUCAGGAAAGAGAUGGGAUAGAAGAGGAGGCUCACAACAAGCCGUCCAAUUCGGAAACCCAGCCACUGCUGGAGCGCAGGACCUCGCCCACCUCUAUCAAUAACCAACCUAGCGACAAUCCCACCAAACAGCUGACCGCGCGACAUGCUUUCGCCGUGUUGGUCACACUCCAGAUUGGGUCUGGCAUCUUCGCAUCGCCCGCGCAGGUGGAUAGCAAUGUGCCAUCUCCUGGUGCGGGCCUGCUUGUCUGGGUGCUUGGUGGACUGCUGUCAUGGGCUGGAGCUGCCUCAUUUGCUGAGCUAGGCGCUGCCAUCCCCCUCAACGGCGGCAUGCAGGCCUAUCUGGCAUACGUUUACGGAGAUACCAUGGCUUUUCUGAUGGCAUGGAUCUACAUCAUGGCUGCUAAGCCUUCUGCUAUGGCCAUCCAAAGCAUUGUGAUUGCCGAGUCUAUCGGUUCCAUCAGCUCGAACCCCACGGCUGCAUGGCUGCUGAAGCUUAUAGCUGCCCUUGCUUUCGUGGUCAUGGUUUUAUUGAAUUCGAUCAACACCAAAGUCACCCUUAGACUGAGCGAGUCUUUCACAGGCAUCAAGCUACUGACUGUUUUCUUGGUUGUGCUUGGAGGAACUGUGGCUGUCAUUGCUCAUCUGGUGAAUCCGAACUCUUCUCUGUCAGGCGGUGAAGACUGGUAUAGCAAGAAUUGGUUCGCUACUCGAUCUACUACAUCGGAGGGACACACUAUUGAUUGGACAUCCAUGAGUACAUGGGAUCGGUACGGACACUACUCUGCUGCCAUUUACGGAGGUCUUUGGGCCUAUGAUGGCUGGGAUAAUGCAAACGUGGUAGCGAGUGAGAUACGAAAUCCAGGACAGGCGCUACCCAAAGCAAUCAAGGCGGCCAUGAUCGUCGUGCUGGGCUCUUAUGAGCUCGUGAACAUCGCAUACUACAUUUUACUCCCCUGGUCGGCCGUAAGCUCGAGCGAUGCUGUGGCCGUUGUGGCACUAGGUUCCGCAUUUGGUCGCUGGGCGGGAGUCCUCGUUUCCAUUCUUGUUGCUGUCUCUUGUGCCGGCUCCAUCACCAGCAAUGUCUUCACCAUUGGUCGCUUGACAGUAGCUGCUUCAGAGCGCGAAUAUCUUCCCGCUAUCUUAGGCCAACGAGGGUUGCCUUGGCGCCAGACGCAGGCACCAAUUCUCUCGAGCGACCCUGACAUUGAUUCGCAGAUGAAUGGCAUCGCUUUCCAGAACCAAGACAAACUGUCUCACUUCGAUGCGCCUAUCUAUGCGAAUCUCUUGGCGCUUUCACUCACCCUCGUCUACAUAUUCACCGGAAGCUUCAGAACUCUAUUGACCUUUGUGGGAAUGGCAAUGUGGGUCUUUUAUGUCAGUACCGUGUUGGGCUUGCUCCUUUUACGUCGCCGUGAGCCAGAGCUCCACCGACCGUACAAGCCUUCCGUGAUCCUGCCUGCCACGUUCGUCAUUGUAGGCACUUUCAUUGUUGUUCGUUCUGCCAUCUUUGCGCCAGCACAAGCAGGUGUACUAGCAUGCCUUCUGAUCAUCGGUACGUUGAUCAGUCGACUAAGGGCUAGGUGA